UCAGUGUCAGCUGGUUUUGUCAUUGUGGAGGGGCAGGAUGGUGGGUGUAUUUUUGUUUGUUUUUGCAAAAAGAAGCAAGGAUAAGGAUAUUAUGUAAAUUGCUUACAUCCACUAUAAUAAUUGCACUACUCUACGGACUGUAAAUCAUACUGCAAGUCUUCAAGUGCUAACAGUAUCUCUGUGUUCAGUUUCACCCCUAGUCCUUUGUUUAUUGUUGCAAUUCACGACGAGCUCAUAAUGCUGGAAGGAAUGUCUUCGUCAGCCGAGGAGCAUACGUGCUCCGACACCGAGGAGGAGCAUCACUCGACGCGGAACGGCUGCGGCGACCACGACAGUGUUCAAGGCCAGGCGGGGCACUCGGCGCACCAGGGGGCCCACUGCGCGGCGCAGGGCAGCCACUCUGCCGCCAUCAGCCAGCUCGAGACCAAGAUGCGGCGCAAGCUGCAGUUCUUCUUCAUGAACCCGAUCGAGAAGUGGCGCGCCAAGAGGAAGUUCCCCUUCAAGUUCUUUGUGCAAGUGAUCAAGAUCAUCCUCGUCACGUUCCAGCUGUGUCUGUUCGCCCACAGCAGGUACAACCACGUCAACUACACGUGGGACAACCGGAUCAGCUUCUCCCACCUGUUCCUGCUUGGUUGGGACUCCACAAGGGAGAUCAAUGCCUACCCACCCGGGGCUGGCCCACUGGCUGUGUACAAAGUAUCAGAAUUCUAUGACACACUAGAUUAUGCCUAUGCAGGCUAUUUCAAUUUAACAAAGAACUCUAUAGGACCAUAUUCCUAUGAUAAUGAAAACAACACCAUGCCAGAUCCAGUAUUCUGUCAGUAUGACUUCAAACAAGGAGUUAUCAAUGGCUUUAAUGAAAGCUAUGAAUUCAAUUCAGAAAUUGUGGAAACAUGUAUCAACUUUACUAGAGGUGAACCAAAAUUUAAAUCUCAAUUGUUUAUGAAAAAUGCUGGGUUGAAUAUUAGUUUUUCAUCACUUGUGAGAGCUAAGUUAAUGUUUUCAAUCAAAACAAUAAACUUUAGAGCUGCAGGUCCUAUCACCCCUCCAGAUUGCUACAGAUUUGAUAUUGCCAUUUUGUUUGACAAUGAAGAUCACGAUGGACAGAUGGCGCUGACGCUGGAGGCAGAGCCGGUGGAGCUGCACUGCAAGGGAGACCAGGCCUACGUCACUAACAAUAAAAUAGACCAAAUACUCCGAAGUAUCCUCAACAUAUUUGUCAUUGCUAUUUGCUCUGCCUCUCUAUGCCUCUGUAGCCGUGCCAUUUACCGAGCUCAAUUGCUGAAAGAGUUAACUGUACAGUUUUUCAGACAAACCUACAACAAAGAACUCAGCUUGGAAAGUAGGUUUGAGUUCUUGAACAUAUGGUACAUAAUGAUCAUUGUCAAUGACAUCCUUAUCAUAAUGGGAUCAGCUAUCAAAGAGCAAAUAGAAAGGAACCAGUUUAAGAAUGAUCAGUACAAUAUCUGCUCCUUGUUCUUGGGGACUGGCAACUUGCUAGUUUGGUUUGGAGUGCUCAGAUAUUUGGGCUUCUUUAAAACUUACAAUGUUGUAAUACUUACUCUAAAGAAGGCAGCUCCUAAGAUAUUCAGAUUUUCAGUCUGUGCACUUCUCCUAUAUGCUGGCUUUACAUUCUGUGGCUGGCUCAUCCUGGGUCCCUACCACAUGAAGUUCAGAUCGUUGGCAACCACAUCUGAAUGUCUGUUCUCUCUGAUCAACGGAGAUGACAUGUUUGCCACAUUCUCCAUCAUGUCCAGGAAGUCUCCUAUGCUGUGGUGGUUCAGCCGAGUGUAUCUGUACUCAUUUAUAAGUUUGUACAUUUAUGUUGUUUUAAGUUUGUUCAUCUCUGUCAUAAUGGAUGCUUAUGACACUAUUAAGCAGUACUAUAAGGAUGGGUUUCCAAAGAGUGAUUUGCAGCAGUUCAUUGGGGAGACUAAUGUGGAGGAAGUGUCAUCAGGACUGUACCGCACCGACAGUUCCUCGUCCCUCAACGCCAUGAUGAACUCCCUGUUCUGUUGUAACUUCUACAGAAGUGCAUAUUCCAAGAUAGGUGGUGGAACGUCUAGCCUUAAUUUGUAAUUGGUGCACAAAUAAUGUUUGUUUAGUUUGUAAGAGUUGUAUGCCAAAAAACUGGUCUGUAUAUUUGUAUAAUAAUAGUUUUAGGCUAAUCGAAAUAUUAUUAUUAUGCAGUGUACCUAUAAUGUGGGUAGUUACCAAAUUUUCCUAACUACAUACUUACAUAAAAAAAUACUCUAUAAAAUUAAUUAAUUCAUAUUGAUUUAUUUGUUCAUUCAAAUGAAGUCAACUUAUUUGUUACUUUGUAUAAUGCCUAGGUAGGUGAGUGUUGUGGUGGCCAUUUCCAUACAAUUUAUGUUCAUAAACAUAUUUCAUUUAUUAUUAAUGCUAGUAUAAAUGGCACUAUUAUAGCAUAAUAUUAUUUAGGUACUGCUCGUAUCAGAAAAAAUAAAGAUAUUUUUGUAUUAUAAAA